GCACAACAAAAUGACAACUGGCAAUUCUCCGAGAAUGAAUGAAGAAGUCUGAACAUCCGCUUGUUUAUUUGUGACGGUUUCACGUUUUAUUAAAAUUAUGCAUUGUUCUUUUGAGUAGUAUAUAUAAGAUAUAAAGAUGUUCAAUCGAUUUGCUGCGGUUCUACAUCAGGCAGUGGAAGCGAUUGCUCCAACGCAGACGUUAGUGGAGGAUUUCAUUUUUCAUUGGAAAGCAAUUACUCACUAUUUCAUCAAUAACAAAGAUGACAAGCAACCGGUACAAGAGAGCAACAUCCCCAAUCACCUUGACCACAUGCUGGUGAUCCUAACCCAAGAGGAGGGCCAGAUGGAAGCCAAUCAAACGGGGCCAUGCAUGGAACACCUACUGCAGCAUAAGAUUCUAGAAACACUGCUGACUCUGGGAAAGGCUGAUUGUCCACCGGGUAUGAAGCAGAUGGUCCUAAUGUUCUUCACCAAUCUCUUAGGAAGAAUCAAACAGCCUCUCUUGCCUCACAUCAACGUCUACAAACCUGUACAUAAAUUGGUGAAGGUUUGUGGAGAGACCAGAGCUGGUCCCACUGAGAAGGAGGAGAUCCAGUUCCUAUGUGUUGUGUGUUUCAAGCUGAGGGAACAUCCAUAUCUGGUCAACUUUUUCCUAGAGGAUUCCAGGCAGAGUAGUAGUAGGCAACGAGGACAACCUCGAACCAAGCCGGACUCCAGCCAAGCUGAAUUCAGUGUGAUAGACUCUCUGCUCAAACUAGUGCACAGUCCAGACUCUCGGGUAGCUGUCAAGGCUUGCGAGGGUUUGAUGCUGUGCGCCAGCUUACCUGAAAGUCAGGCAGCUAAUUGCAUCGUGAAGAAUACCCAGUUCUGCACUCUACUAGCCGAACGGCUGUGCUCGCUCUACAACGCGCUUCCGCUGUCCAUGGAUCCAGUGGAUAUUGAGAGCGUGGAGGCAAAGUGGGGCCUUGAUGUGCUCAGUGACUCCGAUGACACCAGUAACUUUGCUGGUAAGCGUCAGUUGAUCUCCCUUCUCUCUUGGUUCGACUACUGCGAUCAGAUCAUCAAGGAAGGUCAUCCUAUCAUUGGCAAGGCGUUGUCCACUCGGGUCAAAGAAAACUUCCUCGUUCCUAUCAUCGAGCAACUCCUACUCCAAACGUCAGAAGUGGGUAUCCUGACGAGUACGGCACACCUGGCAAAGUUUGUCAAGAUGACCUCGUCUCCUCAGCUCCUCAAUGAGUUUGUCUAUUUCAUCCUUGGUGAUAAUUCAAGUCCAGAGAAACCUGGUGAUGCUGAUCAUAAAAUUAGGCAUAGGCUCAUCGAGAGAUGCGAUCAUUUAUCUGAUGAGAUCUGCAUCAUGUCCUUGAAACUGUUUGAAGUUCUUCUCCAGAAAUCCCAUGUCCACAUCGUCAACAAUUUGGUGCUACGCAAUCUGAAGACGAGGUCGUAUUUUGACCGGCACCCUCCCACACCUCCUUCAACUGCCCCGACAUCUCCAUCUGGCGUUCCUGCAUCGCCUCCUCGGACUCCAUCUUCUCCUGGAUCUAAUCCCCAAUCUCCUUCCAUGCUAGGAUCACAUCCGGAGGCAGACUUGGUAGGGGGAACUGUAGAAUCAGACACAGUAGAGAAUGACUUGCCCUUAACAAAUGGUCCUACAAACUUAGAUCAAGAGAAUCAUAUACCAGAGGAUCCCAUGUUGCAAGCGGAAGGAGCACAUCCGAUAGGUGAUCAAGAACCUGUUACUGCACUUCCAGAAUCGUUAAGUGACAGUUCUUUAGGUCCAGACUCCUCACUCUCAGGUCUACCGAACCCAGUGCCUCAACCAUCAACACCAACAUCCAUUCUUCCCCCUUUAUCGGACACACCCAAUGCAAACAGUGCUAUGAGUCUGACCACGCCCGUUCCUGCGGCCGGACAGUUCCCCCGUCUGGUUGGGGUGGUGCCGUUGUUGACAACUCCCGCUCCUUCGCGAGGUGUCCCAAUGCUUGCGUCUCCUGCGCAAAGCGCUGCUGUUCCAAAUGUGCCUUCACCGUUGACACAACUCUUGACAUCGUCUCCAGACCCGUUGUCAUCGACCAUGCUGUUAGGGACGUCACAGUCGUUAUCAUUGACGUCACCUAGAUCUCAUGGUUCACCACCCCUUACCCCAGGCUCUCCUACUAGUCAGUCAGAAGGAGAGGACUCGGACCAUAAUAUGCACAGGGUUGUCAGCUGUUUUCUAGGGUUGAUUCCAGAAGAGAAUAAGUCUUCCUACCUCACUGGGGAUACAGGGUACGACAUGUAUCUUAGAGAGGCGCAUCGAAAUUUCCGCGAGUGCACGGUAAACAGUCUUCCUUACGAUUGGCCAAACUACUCUACGCCUGUGGAGAGACUUCCCGAGUCCGAACCGUUCUACGAGGGAGCAUUCAUCAAGAUUCUCUUUGACAAACUCUCAAGGAUGUUAGACCAGACAUAUGAGGUCAACCUUCAAGUGACAUCAGUACUGGCCAAGAUUGCGCUAUAUCCACACCCUCACAUACACGAGUACCUCCUGGACCCCUUCUUAACCAUCGCACCAGGAUGUAGGAAUCUUUAUAGUGUCUUGGAGAAGGUGGUGGGUGAUCUUAGUGUAAGAGUGAGGUCAAUCCCAGAGUUUCAGAAGCAGCUCUUUCUUGUCAGACAACAGCUCAUGGGCAUCGUGGAGGAGCAAGACAGGAGUGGAGCAAGCGCCAUUAUGAACUUGCUGUACAUUGAUUUAUUAGAAGGUGUCAUUGUCCUGGAAGAGUUUUGCAAGGAGCUGGCCGCCGUCGCCUUCGUUAAGUUCCACGCAGCAAGUGGGCGAUAAUCAUCCCCUCCGGGCUUAAUGACUGCUCGCCCACGGGAUUUCGUCAAGCAAACUCUGGAUGAACUCCUUGAUGUGGAUGUUGUUGCCAUGGUAACAUGCCUCAUCUCCUGUCUGUUUCAGGUGAUGGGAAAAACAAUCUCAGGAUGGUAUGCACAAAGAGGAAAAAAAAUGAUAAUAAUGGAGGCGAAAGAAGCCAUUUCAGAAGGUGGAGAUGAACCUGUGGGAAGCAUCUUUUUACUUGUCCCAAAACAGAAGUGUCAGAGAAUGUACUUGUUUUAAGCUGCUUUAUAUUUUAUUUCAUAUUUAAUUCUGUUCCAGUUGACAUGUUUGUGUAAUUGAACAGGGGAGUGUGUCCUGAAGCAAGUAGUCACUGAUUCUCAAUGACUUAUUUGAUCUGAGCCAAUCAGAUUUAAGGAUUUCAGUAGCUUAUAACCAUUGUCAGUGAAAAUCUGUACAUGUGUUUGUUUCAUGAAAUCCUCCCAGGUCCUUGAAUCAGAGAAGCAUGCAUCAAACCCUAUUGCCAAUUGAGUCUACCCAAACUUCAGUAUUUCAGCAGUAUAAAAGGACUUACGAAUCAGGCCAAGAGUGCCUACAGGGUGUCCCAGAAAAAGGGAAGAUUGGUGGAAUUCAAUUAAUUUGCCUUCAAAAUGUUUAAUUUUUUGGCACUGUUAGUGCAAGGUGAACACCAUGCCCGUCCAUGGAGUAGUUGUCGAUCUCAGAGUACCCUAAACAAGUAUUUUGCCAUGUUUUCCCCACCUUGAAUAAUGUCUCAAAUAUUAGAUUUCCACGAUAGGGUGAAAAGUAUACCCCUUUCUCCCGAUUUGGGCAAUUUUGAUCCCCUUUUCACGGUUUGCACAUAGAUCGCCCAAUCAUUACAAACAAUCCUAUUUAAAUGCGCUCGAGCACAAGCAUGGUGUCCAACUUGUAAUGACAGGGUCAGGGAGGUCAUCGAGGCCAUAUUUUGCCGGCCUUUGCCUUGGCCUCGGCCAGAGUCACAUGUACAAAGUCUAUAGGAGAAGGUUCUCUCCAGCGGACUUGUGGCUCGGGAAGUACAGUAACGGCCUCAAUUACAUCGCUGGACGAUCCCAUCCCCCCGGGUCAUUUGUUUUCGAAAGAGCUUCCCAUUGGCAAGGUCUUGUAUUUUCCUGGUGGGUGUUUCAUAAAGCUGUUCGUAAGUUACGAGCGAAUUUAUGAAUGACUGGGGAUCCUUUCUUAGGAACUUCAUCAACACCAGUGAAACUGUAGCAUGCAUCAUUUACCACAAGAAAGGAUCAUCGGUCAUUCGUAAAGUCGCUCGUAACUUAACGAACAGCUUUAUGAAACACCCUGCAGGUGUGUAAUUAAUAUCUGGAGGUUUUAGAUGGAAUGGGAGUCGUCAACUAUCUUAAGAGCAACAUAUAAUGAAGGCUGGCCUGAGAGUGCAGUACAGAUGCCUGUGCUGAAGGAAAGGGGGGGGGGGUACACUGUAAUUGUCAAAAGGUAUACAUGUACAGUGGUGCAAACAAGCUAGUGAACCCCACAAGAAAAUGAACAUCUUUAAAAGUGUUCAAAUUCUACCAUCAGAUGUACACGUACAUGUAUGUGUACUUAUGGUCAUUUCAAAAUGUCUGCAAUCGUUGUUGAGGCUUUUUUUUUUAAAGAGUGGUAUUAAUGUUUACCCUAAUACAAGAGUUUGUUUGAAGCAGAAUAUUCUGCUACACAAGAUAUAAUGCAUACAAUUGUAUUACUUGCUAUGACCAGUAUUGGAAAUUUAUAUAUCCAAACAACAUUGUCUCUAGUAGCGAAAGUGUGAGGCGACAUGAACUUAUACAAGAGGCAGAAUUUGUCAUCAUUUUCAUGCUACUUAGCAGUUGUAGUGACUUGAAUUAAUAUUUAAUGAAUGACGACUUAAAAUAUCUAGCCUGAAGGCUAGUAAUCGAGUCAAGUUUUGAUAAUAUAAUAUAAGGCAUUUGCAUAGCGCACAGAUCCACCUUGUUGGGUGCUCAAGACGCUCCUAUAUUGCCCCAGCUAAGCUAGUCUACUGAUUCCGGUGCUCACAGCUUUUUGAGGAAUUACUUCCUGCCAGUACCCGUUCACCUCACGUGGGUCGAGUGCAGCGCAUUGUGGAUCAAUUCCUUGCUCAAGGAAAUCACGCCAUGGCUGGGAUUUGAACACACAACCCUCUGUUUCAAAGUCUGGAUUCUAAUCCACUGGACCACAGCGCUCCACACAGGAGACUAUGAUAAUUGGGUAAUAAAUGUUUAUAUACCACCUUUUGACUUGAUAUAAGAGAAAUCAUUGUAUGAAUUGAUGUGUAAGCCAUUAUGUACCUAAGAUAAUAGCAUCAGGUAAUAGUUCUUCAUAUAUCCCACUUCUGUCUGAAUAUGAGAUUAAUCAUUGUAUAACUUGAUCUGUAUUGCAUUGCAUGUAUGUACUGAAGAUAAUUGCAUCAGGUAAUAGAUAUUUAUAUACCCACUUCCGACUUAAAAUUAGAUAAAUCAUUGCAUAGGCUUGAUGUGUAAGUCAAUGUGUACCUAAAAUAAUAGCAUCGGGUAAUAGAUCUUUAUAUAACCCUUUCUGAUACCUUCAUAUACAUAUUUUGUGAUGCGGGAGCUAUUGUAGACCUAAGAUAAUAGCAUCAGGUAAUAGAUCUUUAUACAACCCUUCUUAUGUCAUGGUAAGAUUAAUCAUUGCAUAAAAGCAGCUUGAUGUCUACAUGUAUUAAAGUCAUAGUGUACCCUACGUGUACAGGGGUGUGCGCACAAAAAUAAUUCCCAUUUUAUUCCUGAAUUUCCCAGUCCCUAUUAAUCGGUUUAUAUUUAUUCCUGGUGCGUGGGAAGGCCUCCCACUCGUGCUUUGAAAACAUUGGAAGCUUAGGAGAGCGAGGGAAGAUUAGGAAAGGGGUGAAACAGAGGUAAAAAUUGAAAAAUAGAUGAAUGCGGAGGGUGUUUGUCUGUUCUGGUUGCUUAUGCAUCCGCGAUCAGCUGAAGAAAUGUGAUUAUAAUCAUACAAGGAUAAGGAUAUGGUUUAUGGAAGGAAGAUUUGGGGCCUGUGGCAGGAAGGGGUGCGAUCGAACGCAACUAUAAAAAAAAAUCAAA